CGGGCCCUCUCCGCUCCAUCAGAGAGGCUAAAAGUCCAGCAGACACUGUGAUCCCUGUCUCUUCUGUAGAAUCUCCCCUAUAGCAUUGAUGCCCAUCAGGUCCUGACCCUCCCUGAGAUCUCCCAUCACUCACACUUAUGUCUUUGCGAGCGCUGGACACAGGAGGCAGACUGCAGCACAGUUGACCGCGUCUCGUGGUGAAGCGUUGAGUGGAUUGUCUGUUUUCAGGUCCAGAGUCUUUGAACUGACGAGACUUGGUCAGUUCAUAAAGCUGACAAAAACGGGAGAUCUCCGUUAUUUUAAAAUCUGAGGACUGAAAAGGUUAAUCUGACCUUUUCUUGACUCACCUUUAAGUCUUUAUUUGGUGAAAAGCCACAUCCAAGUCAUCACCAUGUGGGAGUUUAGGUCCAUGAACUUCUGGCGGGCGGUGUUCGCUGAGUUCUUUGGCACCAUGUUCUUCGUCUUUUUUGGGAUGGGCGCCGCUCUGCGCUGGACCACAGGGCCUCACCACGUGCUGCACGUGGCCCUGUGCUUCGGGCUGGCGGCUGCCACCCUCAUCCAGUCCAUCGGCCACAUCAGCGGAGGACACAUCAACCCCGCGGUCACCUUCGCCUACCUAGUAGGCUCUCAGAUGUCCCUGUUCAGGGCAGUCUUCUACAUAGCAGCCCAGUGCCUUGGGGCUGUGGCUGGAGCAGCUGUACUGUACGGAGUCACUCCUGGAAACAUGAGAGGCAACAUGGCUAUGAACACUCUCCAGCCGGGCAUCAGCCUGGGCAUGGGCACCACGGUGGAGGUCUUCCUCACCAUGCAGCUGGUCGUCUGUAUCUUCGCUGUCACAGAUGAGCGGAGGAACGGGCGUCUGGGCUCUGCUGCCCUCUCCAUCGGCUUCUCCGUCACCAUUGGACACCUCAUGGGGAUGUACUACACUGGUGCUGGGAUGAAUCCUGCCAGGUCCUUUGCUCCUGCUGUGCUCUUCAGAAACUUCAUCAACCACUGGGUGUACUGGGUGGGUCCCAUGAUCGGAGGUGCUAUGGGUGCUCUGCUGUAUGACUUCAUGCUGUUCCCCCGUAUGAGGGGUCUCUCCGAGCGCCUGGCCACACUGAAGGGCAGCCGCCCCCCUGAGAGUGAGAGCCAGCAGGACCCCCGUGGAGAGCCCAUCGAGCUCAAGACACAAGCCCUAUAAACUGCCCCAGGGCAGGCUGCGGAGACCAGGGACGGCCCACCUCACCACAAUCAGCAUCUACACUUCAACAAGAGUUCAGCAUGCUCCAGAAGGACACUUUUCAUUGUUUUUAUAAGUGAUGGGCCUAAAACAGCAGCUCUGUUGUCUCCCGACUGCAUUAGUGUUUCUCUAAAGGGAAAGUGAAAGCCUGAGAUGGAGCAGAGGUGGUAGGGUCCGGGUGAGGUGGGCUAAAGCUUACAUGGGCGGGUACAGGAAAGAGGGCAUCUAUCUGGGUUUGUGGUCGUUUCAGGUUAAACAGUGACGAUGGGCAUGCUUCUGAUUAAACAUCUGGAUUAUCUCAGUUUAAGUUCUUUUUAGUUUUCUGCACUUCAGACACAAGACGUGGAUGUAUUAUUCCAUUAGCUUGACCAGGGUUUCAUCAUUUCAGCUCAUUACGUUUUAUUUGUGGGUUUGUUGGUCUGCUUGGAGACUUUUGGAGACCGAAAGAGUGGCUGCGAGUGAGCGAGUUUGUUCCAGUGUGUAUAUGUGUGUAUGCGUGGCCAAGACUGCAGAUUCAGUUCUUAUUAUUUUGUUUUAUUUUACCACUCACCUGUUUUGUACCAUUACUGUGUUGAAUUUUGUCAAAGACCCAAACUUUCUCCUCCCCUCACUGUGGUAUUUGCUGGUAUCCAUUUUUACAUAACUCAUCUGCUCAGAAAAUGUUGUCCCAGACUUUGAAUGGUCUGUUAACAGCAGACAAGCCGUGAGAGCUUCUUUGAGUCCUAUUAUUAUUUUAACUACAGGCAGCACAAGGCAUUUCAAUGGUAUUUCAUUUCAGUAAUA